AUGGACCCGAUCGAGGUGGAGUACUGCUCCACGUGCACGUGCCCUUUGGAGUACUGCGAAAACGUCGCGUGUGCGCGCGGGGCGGCGGAGAAGUUGAGCGAUGUGAAGUUAGAAGAAAAAGCGUCGAGCGAACAGGCGACGACGACGACGAGCGAGACGGGCGGCGACGCGAGCGAAGACGGUACGAAGACGAAGAGCGGUAAGAAGUCAAAGUCCAAGGCGAAGGAGGUGGUGAUCACGCGCAUGUCGAGGAACAGAAGGAAGAUGAUCACGAACGUCGCGGGGUUGGAAAAGUUUGACGUGGACCUGAAGGAGGCGAGCAAGGCGUUCGGGAAGAAGUUCGCGUGCGGAUGCAGCGUCACCAAGGGGGCGACGGGGAAGGAUGAACUGGAUUUGCAAGGGGAUUACUCGGAGCAGCUCGGGGAGCUGAUCGUGAAGACGUACGAUGUGAGCGCGGAGGACUUGCGGUUUGUUGACAAAUCCAAGUUUUAG